GCAUCAUAAGAUGGCACGGUAAGCCAGUUGUGCAAGUUAAUGCACAAAGUGAAUCCAUCACACAAUUUUUUAUAAGCAAUUUUACUUUCUAAUUUUAUUUGUGUUCUGCGAGGUGAGAUAAAAAGCGUAGGUGUUUCGAGACAAAAAAAGUUUGAGAAACGCUAGCUAGGAGUACCGGUAGGUACUUUUUAAUUGUUUACAUAAUUUGAACAGUCCACAGUAGAAUGGAAAAUUUGUGACAUUCAUAACACUCAAAAGAUGAUAUCAAUGAGAUAGAAAGUAUCUGUUCAUAAGAAUAACAUGAGUGCAAUACAAUUACCCACAAUAAAAAUUGUGCAAAGCAGAAGCCCAGUGAAGACUAUAGAAUAAACACAAUAGAAACUGCCUGAACAAAAGAUAUCUUAUUUAGGGAAAAAUAUUACCUAAACAAUGUCUGAGAUAGAUAAAAAGAGAGUAAGAAAACAACGCUACAACAAGUUACAGUAAACAUUGAAACUGAAACUUAUACAAAAGGGGGAAAACAAAUGCAAACAAGAACCAAAAAACAUCUUUGUGCGAGUGUGAUAUGAAGAAUAUAAACAGGAGCACCAAACCUGUAAAUCGUCAGAUUACGAAGUGUAUCAGAGAAGAUAAUUAUGGCUGAAAAGCUUGAAGUUGCUUCAGAUAAAUUAAGAAAAUUAGCCAGAAUUAACCAGCAAGCAGGAGUUCUUGGAAUAAACGAAGCUAAAUUCAGAAGGAGACAAUCUCUACCUAAUGACUCCAUCGACUACUACAUAAAAGGUUUUAACAAAAGAAACUUUGAAGAUGAUGAUAAUGAUGGCAAAGAAUAUUCAGAGAACACAAAAGAAACAUUUAUAGAUCGAGAAAGCAGUGAUGUUCAUGAUAUCUAUAAUGAGCUGACCAACCGCCUAGAGAUUACACAAAGGGCCUCUGACAUAAUGAAAUGCCUGUCACACACAGCAGAAAGCCUACAAAAGCACUCAGAAUUGAAUAAAAAACUUGAUGAAGUUAUUUUAGAAAACAGAAUGCAACAACUAUACAAAUUAGCAGAAAUCGACAUCUCAAAAAUGGAUGAGAAAUUUCAAGCGGAGUGGCACUCUCACAACCUUAUAUUAAUUGGAGAUCUGGCCAGACAAUACCAUGAUUUUACACUGAUGAAUGAAAUAAAUCAAAAUGUCGCCAUGAUUUUACUUGAAGUAGUGGGUGAUGAAGCGGAAAAGAAAAAAAUUCUCGGAUUUGCAUUCCACAAUAUUGGAAAAACAUAUCAAAUUAGCAAAAAGUACAGCGAGGCAUUUUCGGCCUAUGGUGCAGCUUUUUCGGUAUAUAGCAAAAGUAAAGACUGGAUAAAUGAAAGCAAUCGAAAGUCUUUGAUGCAGAAGCUGGAAAAGGAUAGCAGUUACAUGAAAUAUGCUCAAAGGGAGAUCGAUAUUCCAGGUAGGCUAAUUCAGAAAACCUUAAACAUUGAAAAAAGUUAAAAUCACAAAGUUAAUGAAACACAACAAAUGGUUGAUUUAAUUAUUAAUUCAGCAAUAAUAUGUCUCCAAUAAAUAGGAAAGAUUUUAAUUAAAUUUCUUAUAUACAAUUCCAUCACUACUUUUAAACACGACUACAAUACUAUAUAAUUAUUGCGAAUUUUUAAGAUCAUUGGAUCGGGGCCGAAGGAGGAAGAUUGUGCAUGAAUCGCAGUGAAGUGAAAAUUCCACGAAUGGCACUUGAUGACCCUAAACAUUUUCAUGUUAGCCUUUCUAUUGACAAUGACACUGUGGAAAAAGA